AUGCGCCUGUCGGCGAUUGCUCUGCUGGGGUGCGCCGCCGUGCCACGGCUGGUAACGGCCUUGUGCGAAUGCGGAUACUCGGCCAAGGGCCCCGACGCGGGUGACGGCCCCUGGCUCUUCACGGGCGCGCUCGAGAGUGACUUCACCAACAUUGCCGACAUCGCCAAGUACUCGGAGUGGACGCGACAAAAGUUUGACGUGACGGCGGCGGCGGGCCGCGGCAAGUACGCCAAGUCGUUUGUCGUAGACAACGUGGUGUCGCGGCCCAGGAAGGCGGACGGCGACGACGGCGGGCUCGACCUGAUAGUCGGCAGUGCGCUCAAGGAUGAGGCGGUGCCGGCGGCCGAGGUGGACUCUGCCAACCACGACAUGCACUGGGGAUCGUUUCGGACGGGCAUGAAGCUGACGGCGGUCAACGGCACAUGCGGAGCCUUUUUCUGGUACUUCAACGACACGCAGGAGAUCGACAUGGAGUUCCUCUCGCGCGAGUUCGACCCGGUCAACAAGGUGUACCCCGUCAACCUCGUGAUCCAGUCGCCGGCGUCGAAGCUCGCGGGCUACGACGCCAGCAAGACGGGCCUGUUCAAGACGGUCAACCUGACGUUCGACCCGACAGCCGACUUUCACGAGUACCGCUUCGACUACAUGCCGGGGCGCGUCAUCUUCUACGCCGACAGCAAGCGCUUGGCUGAGAUGAAGGGGGCCGAGAUGCCCUCGGACGCCGGCCACCUCAUCCUGCAGCACUGGAGCAACGGCAACCCGCUGUGGUCAGGCGGUCCGCCGACGCGCGACGCCGUCAUGACGGUCAGCUACGUCAAGGCCUACUUUAAUUCGACUGCCCCGCUGGACUCGUGGACCAAGACAUGCGCCGACAAGAAGGUGCCCGUGUGUGAGAUACCCGACGGCACCGCCACCAACGCCAGCACGGGCGGCCCGUUUCUAACGGACCACAAGGGUCGCGAGAGCCGAGGCGCUCGCGCGACCGAUGGCAUGGGAGUGCUGGGGCUUGUCAUGGCCACGGGCAGUGUGACGGCGCUUGCACUGCUGCUGUUGUAG